ACUUUUUUAAGUAUUGACCUUGACAUAAGUCUAUAGUAUGUGAUGUCUCUUAGGUUGCUUUUUGGCUCAGUGAAACUAAGACAUCUUUGGAUGCUAGUUUUGGCAUAUGUUAUCUCGUUCAUUGUGGUGGAUCAUCAUAGCUAUUCGCUGAUACCAGUUUGGGCUUUACAUUUAAAAACUAAUAAACAUGUUCCAGUUGAGUCAGAUGGAAAUUCUAGCAAUUUGUUUAGCACAGUUGUCGAGUACUCAUCACACAAUUGGAGCAUCUACUUGUCAGUUACUGUUCCUCAGUCAAAUAGUAGUUCUUCAUACGAUUUGGUCGUUUUCCAACUCCCUAUGUCAAAGUCACUUGAGUUUUCUGUUAUGGAUCCUGAUCGUAAAAUAGCUAAUUUUCUAAAUUUCCGAAAAAUACAGUCAAACAGUUUUAACCGAAAACCGGUCAGGUUGAAAUCUUUGUUUUAUAAAGGUAGUUUGAUCCAUGUGGUUGUAGAAUGUCGCAAAAUUAGCUCUCCAGUGAACUCUUAUGUUUUAUUUGAGAUUGCUGUGUACAAUAGUCAGCUCAGAGAAACAUGGAGGAGAGCUCUUUACCAAAUUCUACUGGAUGAGAACGCGCUAGACUUCAAAUCAGUUCCUAUCUCCUUAUCACUUGAUUUAACAUGCGGUUUGGUUUAUCCUAGACUUUGUGGGGUGAUCUUUGUCGGUUUCCUGACAAAUAAUAUCAGCUUAUCACAUUACUCUACCAUAUCCCUUUCAUUGGAUGAUGGGGAAAUACUUUGGCACCAUCUAGUUGGUGAUUUCGAAGAUUCGAUAAAAGCUUAUGAAAGUGAUUUAGUUUUGAAGAACUGGAAAAUACGCAUUUCGAAACAAUAUCUGUUUAGAACACAUAUUGAUGAAUCCCCGUGGACCGAAUUUACUGAAAGUCUCUCCCAUAUUUUCCCUGUUCGUUGGUAUGGUGUGGGUAGUUGUGAAAUUCGCCUUGUAUAUGCAAAGAAACACUCAGAAUAUCCUGUAGAAAAGUCUCUGCGUACCCCAAAUGCAAUUGCUGUGAUCCAUCAAUCAGGUCUAGAUCUUCUAGAUUUAAAAUCUGGUCAUCCGCUUAUGACUAUUACUUUAAGAUGGAAGAUCGGAUCAACAUAUACUAUUCUCUCUACUCCGGUAUCUGAUGGUCUGAUUAGUCGCCAGCUUGGAUCGCCUACAAUUUAUGAACUACGAAUUGCUUCGGAAAUUACGGAUUCCCCAUCAAAUGGUUUGAAGAUAAAAGUGCAUUCUAGUUCUGACAAUGUUAAUUCAUCUCUGGAGAGUGACUUUUCACAUACUGUCGACUGUCAGGGUAUAUUCAUCCGUCACGAAUCUGCACCUAACAACUGGCAAGCAGUCAAAUCGUUUUACUCAAACGAAAUGAUUGCAAUUCAUUCAUCCACUUAUCAUGGUUUGUGUCGUCCUUUCAGAAUGUGGGAGUAUUCCAGACUAGGUAGAUCUAAUUGGCAAGAAGAUUCAAGAAAAUCUACUCCACCAGUUGUGGUGAAAAGACAUAUUCCAUUAUCAGGCUUAGCUAGAUUAUGGUAUUCGUUGAUGCGUGAUAAAUCUGAUGAAUUCAAUCAUUACGGUAUGAAUCAAGAUUUAAGCCAUACAAAUGAUCAUGAACAUCAUGACAUUUACUUUUUAACUUCGGAUGGAAUUAUUACUUCUGUAUCGAACUAUGGGUAUGAAAACUGGCGCGUAAAUUCUGAAGUCUCCUGGUUACAAGUUUCACGAACCUUAGGAACACUUACGUCUCAUGGAGAGGAAAGAUCUGUUGAUAAGCAUUUAGAUGAUCUGUACAUAGAACACUUUCAUCCCUCGUUAACUACAAUCAAUCUUGCAUCUUUAGGACAAGGAUUUGUUCGUGAUCUUAGCGUAUUUUCCAAGAUAAAGAUUGGAUUGAUUUCAAUGUGUUUGCUGAUUGACAUGAGUUCCAAGCUUCUAAAAAUUCUUUGGUGUUUUUAGGAUUCUUUCUAUCCAAGAUCUCGACAUUCAGAUUGUGCUGAUGAUGUUCAGAAGAACGAUGACAGCUCCACGAAUAAACCAUCCUGCUCAGAGAACGAAACUCCACCAUGAGCCUUUAAAAGUAGAUUUCCAGAAAAGGUGUGAGGAUCGCGUUAAGAAUUCGCCUAUUGGUUUUGAGUUUUAGCUUGAAAUUACUGAUUCAGUUUCUAUUAUUAAAGUGUAACUUCUAAGUAAAAAACGUAUAUAUUUUUAUUGUUGUGACUUGAGACACUAAUUGAUAUCACGUGCUAAAUUUACCAGCUACAAUCCUGACUAGAGAUUUUUUGUUAGUGCGUCUACUAUUCAGUUUAUAUCCUAGCGUCCUUCGUUUAACUAACUAUACGUUCUGACCCUCACAGUUAACUCCGUGCCGACGAAAGCUACGCUUCUAUUGGUCCGCUAUCCAGAAACCUUUCACUAUCCCCUGCCUUAAGUCUGGAGAGCAGUUAGCAGUCAGCUUCUAGCAUACCCACAUUUUAAUCAUCCAGCCCUGCCAGCCAACACAAUCAAGAACUUUCUCAAACACCCACUGGCCUAUGUACACGAGUUGUCAAACUGCACAACAUACCAAAUAAAAAAUCACACUAAAUACAAUUAUACUAUAAGCAGUAAAGAGCGAGACACAGUAAAUAGUUAGCAAUAAUUAAGGAAUGGUAAAACGUUUAACGAAAAUUAGUAGAUCCAUUGGAAGCUUAUAAUGAAGAAAACGUAGAAAUACAAUUAUAUAGUUAUUCACUGAUCAUACAGUAAAAGCGUGUAUAAUAAUUCGAAAAAUUGUUUCACAAGUUCCAACUUUUCCAGUAUUCGUUUCAUUUACAGUGAAAAUGAUUUUUGUAUCCAAUUAAUAAUGGAACAUCAUACAUAUUACCUGGUCUAAUCUGUAUGCGAAAUUGUGAGAAUGUAUAUCGGUACCUAGGAUUUAGUUAUAUCAUGUUUUAGACAACUCAUUAAAUACAGGUGCAUUUGUUCUGCCUCGAGCUAUACCUUUUUUCGUUCAGUUUAGUAAUAUUGGUAUCCAAUCAAAACGGUGGGAGCGAAGAAAGCGAGCUGACAUUAAACCGGCUGUGUCUGAUUUUCCCUGUCUUUUUGCCUCUACGACUGAUCAAUACGUAGUUUUCUAAAUGUAUAGUUUAAUGAUGAGUCUACCUUCAAAAUGUAUUGUAAUUUUUCGAAUUUGGUAACAACUUGUUAUUUCUAUUUCUCCAGUGCGCCAUUUUUCACUCGCUCUUGCUCUUGUGAAUCAGCAAUACUAGCUGCUGGCCUAAUCCAAAUUAUUUAGAUUGAUCUUUCAUCUGCAGCUUCAUAGUUGAUAGCUGAGUAUGCUAAACACCAAGCAAUGCUUUAUCAUACCAUCUCAAUCGAUAUCAAUCAAUAAUAGAUACCUUCAUUGAUGUCGAGCUUAUGAUUUUACUAAUAUUCCUUAAUUGUUGUAUUUCCAGCCUACAAUACCUACUAUGCCAUUAUUGGUUUCUACUGGAUGGGAUUCUGUUGGUGUUGUUGAUCGAACUAAUGGUAAAUUAUUGGCUGCUCAUCGACUCCCAACUCAACCAACUGGUCAACCAAUUGUUAUUUCACUUGCACUAUCCAAUACAACUAAAUUUUCAGAAGUUGUAAAUGUUCCUACUAUAUUGUUGGUUCCAUGUAAUGAUAUACUUGUUGGUUUUGUUUUAGUACAAAGUCUACGCAUAUGGCUUUUGAUACCUUUGAUAAUUAGUUUGACUGUAUCAUUCUUUGUGCUUACAUGGUGUUGUGAUUUGGAUGGAUAAACUGUUGAAAACUUAAAAUUAAUAUUAUUCUGUUUUUGAAUAGGUUUAGCUAAUUUUUUGUAUUUAUGAUUAUUGAUUCUCGGAUUUUAUGUGUCGAUAAAUUUUAAUUUGUACUAUUUGCCUCAACCAUCAUUACUUUAAGUUAGUGGGUCAACGCUGAUUUGGAUCUGUUGUUGUUAUAGUCUGUUGUAUUUCCUAAUGUUCUCCUCAUUUGACUUCUCGUAUACUUGUGUAUUUUCUUAAUCGUGAUAAGAUCAUUUGUCACAUGGGAUGACAUAAAAAAUUUGAUAAGAUUUUCAUUUUUCAUUACUUAUAUCUUUAGUUUCCUUAAAUCAUAAUGAAUUGCAGUAUAAACAAUGAUGAACGUAAAAACGAGCAGCAGUAAGGUAAUUUGAAAUACUUUUUGAGAAAUACAUCAUUCUUCAUUAAAGUUUUG